UUCGAGCGAAGAUAAGAUCGGGGUAAGAAACGAACAAUGCAUUGGGUUUUCGGUGGCGAGCAUGUGGGCGUGGCUUAACUAGACCCCGCCCCCUCAAGUGGAGGUGUUUUGACUAUUUGCAUAAGCCGGUGCGCUUUUAGUGAAGUGUCUCCCACGCACACACACACACACACACAUCCACGGAGGCAUGGAUGUUGUCAACUUUCUGGAGAAUGUGGAGCUAGUGAAAGCCUGGGAAGGAGGCCGCGAUAAUGGACGGAGCAACAAGUGGCGGGAGAAGUUCUGCUUCCCCAACAUCAGCUUCUGCCGCGACUUGGCUGCCAACAUGGAGCGGGACUACACCGACCUGUGCGUGGAGCAGCCCAUCGGUAGGAAACUCUUCGAGCUCUUCUGUCAGACGCGGGUGGAGCUCCAGAACCACGUGGCCUUCCACCAUGAGCUGGAUCAGUUCGACAAGGAGCAAGACGAGGAAAGACGCGUUUUUGGAGUCUACAUCAUUGAAUCCUUCUUCACCGAUCAGUCUUCACAUCACAUCCCUGCCAUGUCCAAACAUAAACAUACAUGCAUGGAGUACCUGGCAUCGGAUCCUAACGUAGACGUCUUCCAAACCUGCCUGGAAGAAUCGCACGCGUACCUCAGCGGAGAACCUUUCGAGCAGUACCAGAGGAGCAUGUACUUUGACCGCUUCCUUCAGUGGAAGAUGCUGGAGAGGAGGCCCAUCAACAAGAACAUGUUUAGACAGUACCGACUUCUAGGCAAAGGAGGCUUUGGAGAGGUGUGGGCUUGCAAGGUUUGCGACACAGGAAUGAUGUACGCCUGCAAGAAGAUAGAGAAGAAGCUCUUGAAGAAAAGGCGAUGCGAGGCAAUGGUGCUCAACGAGAAGCAGAUUCUUGAGAGUGUGAAGAGUCGCUUUAUGGUGAACUUGGCAUACGCCUACGAGACCAAGCACGCCCUGUGCCUGGUUAUGACCAUGAUGAGCGGCGGCGACUUGAAGUUCCAUAUUCACAAAAGAGGUGCAGCCGGGUUGUCUGAAGACCGAGUGCGCUUCUAUGCCGCAGAGGUCUGCUGCGGUCUCAUGCACCUGCACGCCAAUUCCAUCCUUUAUAGGGAUCUAAAACCAGAGAACAUCCUUCUGGAUAAGGAUGGACACAUCAGAAUCUCCGACUUGGGCCUGGCUGUCUGGGUCGCUAAGGGUGCCCAGGCGAAAGGCCGUGUGGGCACUCCGGGUUACAUGGCUCCGGAGGUGAUCGUCCACAAGCACUACGGGAUGAGCGUCGACUGGUGGGGCUUGGGCUGUCUCAUCUACGAGAUGACGUCGGGACAGAAACUCUUCCGGACGCGGGGCAAACGCAUAAGCAGGGAGGAGUUGGAGCGCCAGAUCCAGAUGGAGCAGGAGGAGUACAGCGAACUGUUCAGCGAGGCGGCCAUGGACAUAUGCUCCCAGCUGCUCACCAAAGACCCAAAAAACAGGCUGGGCUGCAGGAAAGCCGGGGGGAGAGAAGUUCAGUCGCACCCUUUCUUUCAAGAAGUCAACUUCCGGAUGCUGGAGGCGGGGCUUGUGACGCCUCCAUUUAUACCUGACCCCAGACUGGUGUACUGCAGCGAUGUGCAGGACAUUGACGAUUUCCCCACCGUGAGGGGUGUCAGACUGGACAAUAAAGACUCAGACUUCUACGCCAAGUUCAGCACGGGCAGCGUUCCUACAGCGUGGCAGAACGAGAUGAUCGAGACAGAGUGUUUCACUGAGCUGAAUGUUUUCGGCCCCGAUGGUGGUCGACCUCCAGACCUGAUUCCGAUUUCAGAGCCCACGUCCCCGACGUUCUUGACGGACUCGUCCCCGGCAUCCCCGGCGUCCCCGGUGUCACCGAUGUCGCCGACGUCCCGAUUUCAUCACAUUUUUAAAAAAAAUUCUGCCGGCAAGGACACACUUAAGAGAACCCACCGCAACAAAAAAUAAUCAAUACUUCUGUGAUGUGUGGCGGACGGCUACACACUGCGUGUUCUGUAACUUUUCUAUUUUUGUAUUGGAUGCCUCUCUUUCAGCCCGCAGCU